CACUACUUUUUUUAUUACAUCACAAAUUCUUUCAUUUCGCCUCUGUUCAUUUAUUCGUCCCCAACGAAUCUCAAUCAAUUGCGCAUUCGCCCCAUCACCUCUUUCAAUGUCUAUCCCUAGAGAAAACAAAAUUCAAGUCCAGAUGGCAGAGGGUAUCGAUCAUGGCUAUCAGAACAACGGAUCCGUACAAGCAGUAGGCUACUACAAAUCGAAAUCCGUCUCCUUCAAGGACUCGAUCUCACACCCUAUCAACGUCAGCUGGAUCAUCCCACCCUGGAUCGAUGCCCUUCUGCAGCAGGACAUGUCUGUCCCCAACAACUUAUACUUGAUCCCAUACGCCCAGCGGGAAGCCGAAGCCAUGCAAAAGAUGGAAGUCGCAGAGGACGCUAUCACGCGCGCCAAGAAGAUAUACCCUAAUUGGAGACCCAGAGGCAACUUAGGUCUCUCAUCAUGCCCAGGAAAGAAAGUGCGUCUCGACGGACCCGUCAACGGUAGGGCCAAGAUUGUGCGCGACCUGGAUCUGGACUUCGAUCGACUUCAAAAGCUGGGAUUUACGCGCGUUGUCUGCUGCCUAUUCGAUGAAGAGCUUGAGCUUCUUGGAUCACCAUUUCCGAAAUAUCUGGAGGCAGCGAACAGCCACGGUUUGGAUGUUAUCAGAAUUCCGAUGAUCGAGGGAAGCACGCCGUAUUCGUUUGCAGAGAUGGACCGCAUUCUCGACAAGAUGGAUGAGACCACAAGAAAUGGACAGAAUGUACUUGCGCACUGCCGAGGAGGUGUCGGUCGAGCUGCGGUAGUAGCAUGCUGCUGGUUACUUCGACUCAAUUACUUCAAAGAUCAUCGUGAAGUUAUUGAAUGGGUGAGAGCACAGCGAUCGCCCAAGGCCAUCGAGACCAAGGAGCAGGCACAUUUUGUAGCAGGAUAUCAUCUCUGGGUGAUCGGAGGCCAGAGUCGGUCUAUUAGCAUGAUGUAUGAGGGAGAGAUUAAGAGGCGGAUAGACUGGGCAGAAGCCAAUAUGGCUCACGCGCGUGAGGAUGCUGCCAUCAAGAACGAGCAUGGUCACCAUGAUCUCCAGUGCCGACUGCAGGAGCAACAAGCGCAAGUACAGCAACAAUCACAGCAAGAGCUACCUCAAACCCAACUUCAGCUUCCUAUCAACGGCCAAUCAACAUCAAGCGCACAACACCAAAGUCAGCAGCAAAGUAAGCAGUAUGCUCAGCAGCAUGUUCAGCAACAAAAUCAACAGCAUGUUCAGCAGCAAAUAGACCAAGUAGACCAUAUUGCGCACACGCAGGAGCGCUUUCAACCUUCACCUAAAUCAAUUACUUCAACGGCAACGGUCUCUUCUCGCCAAGCAGAUCCCGUAUCACCCUCUUCACUAUCUGGAAUGGAUCCAACGAACGGAUUCAAUCCUCCAGAGUGAGAAUGGUUCAUAGGAGGAAGCCCUCUAGAUUAUAAGAUACGACAUCUCCAUGCAUGAUAGAACAUAUGCAGAGAGCGCAAGGAAUAAACUGUGCGAAUUGAAUACCUAAGGGCGUUCGUUAUAAAAGAACCUUUUUAUAUGUCCGUCACUUUCCCGAGGAUGCACUCGUGCUUUG